UAAAUUACCCACUUCUUCACUCUCUUAAACUAUACAAUAAUAAUACAUUUCUUGCUAAACCUCCAAAGUAAAGCAGCCAGCAAGACCAGAUAUAAAAAGCACAAGAAAGAGAGAACUGAAAUGAAUAAUGAUGUUCACAUCUCACCAUCCAAAACCAUUCCUUCAAUCCAACUCUACUCAAAAGUCUGAAACAUUCAUGCCCAAUCUUCCUAUUCUCUCUUUCCAUCUAUAGUCUUACUAAUCUACCAACCCAUCAAAAAACAGGGAAAACCCACCAAACUCCUCAAUCUUUUCCCUCCCAAAAACCCAAAAUAUAUAUCAUUCAUUUACUAUAUCACAAAUUUACAAGAAAUGACAGAGAUACUACAAUCCCCAUCUCAUUUGCCUUCAUCUUCAAGCUCCAUACCAUGUGUUGUAUCACCUACGCUCAAUGAUGGGUCACACCAACAGGCCCAUCUCAACCAUGAACCCCUUUUUAACAAUCCCACUUCGUAUUGUGUAGCCGUAUGCAGGGGAGAUACAGAGGAAGAGGAAGAGAGAGAAGGAGUUAGAGAGAGAAAGGAAGCAGAGGAGGGAGAUCAGCUGUCUCUGUUGGCCCUUUUGGUGACGGUGUUUAGGAAGUCCCUGAUUGCUUCUUGUAGCAGUGAGAGGGUGGAAGAGCUAUCUUCUUCAAUGGAGAUUGGGUGCCCUACAAAUGUCAGACAUGUUGCACAUGUCACCUUUGAUCGCUUCAAUGGCUUUCUUGGUCUUCCUGUUGAGUUUGAACCUGAAGUUCCUAGGAGGCCUCCCAGUGCCAGUGCAAGUGUUUUUGGAGUGUCAACGGAGUCUAUGCAGCUUUCAUUUGAUUCCAGAGGGAAUAGUGUACCUACAAUACUUCUGAUGAUGCAAAGACGCUUGUAUGCACAAGGGGGCCUGCAGGCGGAAGGAAUCUUCAGAAUUAAUGCUGAGAAUGGCCAAGAAGAGUAUGUUAGGGAACAACUAAAUAGGGGAAUUGUGCCACAUGACAUUGAUGUGCAUUGUUUAGCAGGUCUUAUAAAGGCUUGGUUUAGAGAACUCCCGAAUGGGGUGUUGGACUCUCUCUCACCGGAGCAGGUAAUGCAAGCUCAAUCAGAAGAGGAAUGUACUCGACUUGUGAGGCUCCUUCCCCCAACAGUAGCUGCUCUGCUGGACUGGGCAAUAAACCUAAUGGCUGAUGUUGCUCUACUGGAACAUCUAAAUAAAAUGAAUGCACGCAAUAUCGCUAUGGUGUUUGCACCAAAUAUGACUCAGAUGGCGGAUCCUUUGACAGCAUUGAUGCAUGCAGUCCAGGUGAUGAAUUUUCUCAAGACUCUUAUCGUCAGGACAUUAAGAGAGAGAGAAGAUUCUAUUUUGGAAUCGGCCACUGCAUCCCACUUAGAGCCUUCUGAUGAGAAUGGACACCACAGCUAUUCACAACCAAUAAUUGAGGAGGCCGAUGAAAUGAACCAGGAAGAGCAAGUUUUCGUACCCAAAGAACCCUUUUCGGAAAGCCCUGCUCAUCCAAAUCAUAGUGACUCAGAAGCUGGAUCUGAUGCUCAUGGUUUUUUGACUUCGAUAGGGAAUAUCAUUCCUGGAGGAAAUGGACAAUUGGCUGAUAAUUGCCCUGGUGAGCUUCCGAACCAAGUUGACUCCACAAGAAGGGGACUUGAAAAGGGUGGUUCUAGUCGUCCAAAUGGAGGGACUCAAUCAGACAAUUGUAGGACCAAAACUGGCCAGUCAAGUAAUUCUAAUAUCAAGAAGGGAUCCAAAAGAGUGAAUAAUAAUGACAGGACAGUGGUUCGGGCAACAGGUCCUGUAGACAAAAUUCGGGGAACGAGCAUUGUGAGCCGUUUAAAUUCAUGGUCAGAACGAGUUGAAGCUUGGCGAUGAAGGGGACGGGAUUCUGCAUCUGAGAGACAGGUCCUGGUGGAACAAAUUGGUGCAUUGUGUUUUUUCAUUUGGGAGUUUGUGUAUGAUUCAUUUUCUGGUCUGUAUUUAUGUUUCUGAGUGGGGUUCUCUAACUUCUUCUUGUUGAUCAACAAUAUUUCUCUUUGCUUUUAACACGUUUGUGCAUGUCCAUUUAUGCAAAUCAUGGUUGGAAGUUGCCGUAUUGACUCA